UGAAUCUAGAAACGUCGAACAAGAAAAGGGAGCUUCAGUUAAAAGUAGUCAUAUGGGCAAUCAUUCCAUAUGUAUGGAUUUGGAUAUAUGUAAUAAAUUAUGACAAUGGACAGUUGAACACACGAAAUCAAAAUGAUCUGACAGACCAAAUGCGGUCAUAAACAGGAACGUACCAGCAAUAAUGUCUGUCAUUUGUAGACAUGAUCGAACCCCGAAAGUUGUCAAAAAUAUCAUCCACCGGACUAUCAAAGACAAAAAUGUAUUCAAUACUCCGACCAAAAAUGAAAAUCGUAGGCCUAGGAAACUUAGUAUUUAUUCACCGGCAGUCAAGCUUCCUCAGAUAGAACGUGUAAUAAAUGUUCUCCAAUUUAGUGACAUAGAAAUCAAGAAAUGUUUGGGCUCUGGUGGAUUUGGAUCAGUCUAUGAAGGAUUUAUAAAAGGAACACGUGUUGCUGUUAAACGACUUCACGCGGUUACGAAGAACCCAAAGGCUCGGGACGAGAGCUUUAAAGCCGAAUUGCAUACUAUCAAUCUGAAGCAUCCCAAUGUUGUACAGACGUUAUCUGCAAGUUCCACGGAUACAUUCAUCGUAAUGGAAUUCGCUGGAGAUCGUAAUCUUCAACAGAUCAUUAAUAAUCCGGAUGAACAUAUUAGUGAAAAGGCAAUGCUUGCCUACUCGCUGGACCUUGCUAAAGCGAUGGAGUUUACACAUGAAAACCAUAUAGUACAUCUUGAUAUCAAACCCGCCAAUAUCAUAGUAACUCCAAAAGGAAUAUGCAAGCUUUGUGAUUUCGGAUGUUGUCAGAAGGUCGAGAUUGAUACUGGUAUAGUGAGUCCUACAAAAAGGUCCUACCUAACUGGCACUUUCGCAUAUAGGGCCCCCGAGCUACUUAAAGGAGAGGCCCCCACAUUUAAAGCGGAUGUAUACGGCUAUGGAAUAACAUUAUGGCAGAUCAACUCGAGGGAUACUCCAUACAGUGGACAGAACCAACACGUUGUGAUUUUUGGUGUCGUGUCUUUAAAUGUGAGGCCAAAACCUCCAGUGAUUGAUCAUUCUGCUAGUCCAGUGCAAUCGCUUUACCAAGGACUUUACCAGGAAUGUUGGGUGGCUAAACCAGAGGAAAGACCUACAUCUAAGGACAUUGUUGAUACUUUGGAGAUUUGGCGGGAAUAUUAUUAACUGUAAUUGGAACACCCCUGCCUUUGUUAAAAACUAUUUCUUUCAUUUACUAGCACUCAAAAUCUAAUAUGGCGGUAUAGCGCAUUUUCAUUGAAAAGGCAGUGUACACUGUAUAGACCUAAUAAUGUUUUUAUUAAUUUAUUGUAUAUGUCAUAUGGUAUUUUUAGAUUGAACAGUAUUGUAAAUAUGCAAU